AAGCCAACCAUCGCCAAAUAGAAGUCUUUUCCCCUUCCACGCCGGUGGUCGUUCUCUCCAUUCCUCCGAUCGGCGAUGGCUUCUUGCUUCUUUUCCAGCGGGUCCACUCCUCUCCUCCUCGCUCUGAUCAGCCUCCUGGCAGCCUCCGUGACAGCCCGCCCCGGCGUUUCCUUUCACCCCUGCAACACUCUCUUCAUCACCUACACGAUCUCCACCACCGACGCCGCCCUCCCCGGAAACCCUCGCGUCUCCGGAUCCAUAUCCGUUUACCGCAUCAUCACCUCCUCCCGCUCCGCCGACGUCGGUCCUCGCCCCUCGAUGAUACCGCGGACGAGGUUCAUCCUUCCUCAACGCGAGGUCGCCCCUGCUAGGCCUGCGGCCUUUGGAUUCAGUUCCAUCCAAGAGCGGGCCAAGGACAUCCUUGUGGUCUUCGUCGGGCUCCUCUUUGGGGUCGGCUGCGGUGCGCUCACCGCCGCCACCAUGUACCUGGCCUGGUCACUCGUCGCCCAUCGGCAAGAGAUCUACGACUCUGACGCGUACAGCGACGAGGAGGAUGUGGAUGAAAACCCCAAGAAAGCGGGUUACGUCAAGAUCCCGGCUACUGAUUCAAUCUCCGUCAAGGAAGGGUAUGAGGGAAAUUAGGGUUUGCUCUAUAUGAAUGUAGGUGGGGAGUCACUAUAUAUUAUGAUGCGUGCAUUUAUUUGUAUACCAGGUAUGCCUGUUGCGACUUGUUAAUGUGGUCUAAUAUUGUGUCUGGGAUUAACUUCAAAUGUUUGUUAAUGCCGUGUAUACUCCCUAUGUUAUUUGUUUCUGAUGCUGCUACAUAAUUCCAUGAUUCAUGGAACUGAUAAUCCUAUUACCAUGGAAAGCAGUUAGCAUAUUUAUGGUAA